GCAUUAAUUUCUAUAUCGAUUUUUAUAAAAUGUAGUUCUGUAAUGUAAAAAUCUUCAAUUCAUUUUCGACCUAAGCACUGAUUUCAAGAAUAAUCACAAUUAAAGCACGAGAAGAUUGCAGUAAAAUGUAUGACUAUACAGUCAUUUGAAGGUAUUUCAAGUCACUUACUACCCGCAUAGAAGACAUCUGCGUAUCUGCAUUGCACAGAGCGCCAUCCCUAUUUACGACACCUUUUAAAAUGAUCGUCGAAUUUGCUCCAUCUCAUUUAUAUAAUGCCGGUGCACCUAAUUCCCGCAGGUGGCAAGUGGGAGUGCUGCUUCACUUCCAGCAGCACCAUUUGAAGUCGGAAGCUGCAUGGUUUUCGCAUUUUUGCCACAAUCAGGAGGAAGCUCAUUAAAGCCAACAGCAACAACGGCAAUACUAGAAUAAGCUGAAAGUUUUCCAUGAGAGGAAAGCGGGCCGCAGGGGCAGGUGCGGGGAAAGUGCGGCGAAAGGGAGAGGAAAAGGGAAAGGCAAGGGAAAGCCGAAGCAAAUGAGCAUAGUCUGGCACAGCGUGUGGGCGUCUGUGGGUGCGUGCUGGGACGUGGCAAAUUGGGGCAGCAGAAACAUGAUAAGGUCUCAAAAUGUUACCACAAAAAUCCAUUGGGAAGUACACAACAUCUCCCAUUGUGGGCGGCGCGUUGGAAAGCAAACCGCAAUUAAAUUUGCAUUAGGCAAUAAAAACAAAGCGGAGAGGCCACUUGUUGUUGUGCUCAUUGUUGUCUCAGCAGCUAAUUACAAGAAUUUUGCAGGCGUCGUGCCGAGCGGGAUUAAAAAACAAUAGAUUUGCCGGGACUGUAGAUGCCUUUCAGGAGUGCCACAAACACAUGUACAUAAAAUAAAAACAAACACGAGCCGCGCUUACAAACAGAACACAAUUAAAGGAUAUUAUGUUGCUGCCAACAUGAGUGGAGAGUCAGCAAAAAAAUCGCCCCGAAAAUAAGCUAGCAGCAAUACCCACAAAAAUAAACUGCAGAAAAGGGAAAAGUUCAGAGCGGAAAACAAAGUAAGAAAAUCAUAAUGAUGAUGGAUUAACUGCUCCCAGUUGAGGCCGAUGUUGUGUGAGUGAGAACGCGAGAGUGUGGGAGGAGCAGCGGAAGUCGCAUCAGCAGCAGCAGCAACAUCAACACAGCAGCAACAUCGGCACAGCACCAACAUUGCAACAGCAGCAGCCAGCAACAUCAGCAGAAUCAGCAGAAUCAGCCACCACAUUAGCCCCGAUAAUUUAGAGCUUGCUGCCUGGCCUUGAGUUCGCUUCGACCCACUACUUUACUUCUAGCCCCCGAUUUCGCUCAAUCAGUCAAGCUGGCGUCGUUCAAGCAGAAAAAUAACAACAACUCCAUAAGCAAUUACAAUAACAAUAUAAUGUGGAGUAGUACUAUAUCGCCAACCAACUCUAAGAAACUAUUGAUCGGGAGCACACGAAGCGUUGAUUAUGUCGGUGAAAGUGCGAGGACAGCAGCAGGCAAUAUCAAAACAGGAGCAGCAGCAGCAGCAGCAGGAGCCAAAGGAUCAAAAGCCAAAGCCACCGCCAUCGCAGCCACAGCCGCAGCAGCGAACACAACCAAGAUCUCAAUUGAAAUGGAGCUUCACAUACAGAAUAAGUGCAUUUCGGCAUAGCGCAUCACUCUGGAGGGUGGUGCGGAGCCGCCAUGGCUGCAGGGCCCCCUUAAAGCCGCAUUUUUGGGGGCUACUGGGGUCGGCAAAACGAGCAUACUACAGCAAUUUUUCUACCAUGACUUUCCCAGCACUCAUCAGACGACAACACAUCGCAAGAUUUACAAAAACUGUCUGGUCUGCGACACCUGCAUACGUGAGCUGAUGGUACUGGACGUUCCACCCCAGAAGCGGUUUCCGGCUGACAACUUCGCCGAGUGGAACAACGGACAUCCGCUGGGGCUGCGAACGGUGCACGCCUACGUCCUGGUCUACGACAUGGGCAAUUUGGAAACAUUUCAGUACUGCCGCUCGAUGAGAGAUCAAAUCUUGGACAGUUUCAGUCAUCGUGAUUUUAGCAUAAUUGUGGUCGGCAAUAAAUUUGACAAUGUGACUGAGGCGCAGGCCAACUCGCAGGAGCUCAAGGAUAUUUCCACGCUGGUGCGCAAACAUUGGCGCUGCGGCUACGUCGAGUGCUCGGCGCAAUACAACUACAAAAUCGGCGACGUAUUCCGUGAGCUGAUGGGCUGCACCAGCACGGGAGGAGGCGGCGGCGGAGGAGGCGUGGCCGGGGUCGGUGGCCUGGUGGGCACUGAGUACUCACAAUCAACUAGGAAUAAAGGACGCUGUACAAUACUUUAGCAAAUGUUGCAUAAGUUUUUUAAACAGGAGCUCUGAUCUGGCGCACUAUGUCCGGAGGAUUCGGUGCGAGCAGCUGCUGCAGCCGGGGCGACGGGCGUACACGCAAUCCCCAGGGAGGAGCCUCAAAGACGACAUUGUUGCCCCUCGCCAGCGCUUGCAGUUGCAUAUUUUAACAUAUACUUUUAGUGGCCACACUCCACACUCCGCACUCCGUCUCCCGGGUAGCGAGUCCACACCACCUCCCUUUGUUUGCCAUUAUUACAACACUUUGCUGGCUGCUUUUAUGGGCGCUUUUUGCUGGGCUCAUUUGAAUGCGAUGGGCGAUGGGAGAUGGGGGACGGGACUGCCGAACGGAGGAUGUGUUGGCCGACGGCAAGGAGUCCCGAUUCCGAUCCCUGCUGACAACUUUUGUGCGUCCGCAUUUGCAAUUUAAUGCCAUAAGCGGGCAGGAAAAGCAGCUGCUAUGAAUAUGCAGCGAUAUCCGCAAGGGGCAGCAGCCAUUGCCAGCGAAAGUUCGAUUCCCUUGUGGUUAUUAUCAUCGUGGUGGUUAUCAUUUCUGUCGUGGAACGUAAAUAGGCAAUUAUCCCACCAUAAUUUACAAUACAUUUAAUGUACGAACGAACAACCUUGUUAGCGGUACCGAAAUCGUAUAGAACUUAAGUAGUCAACCUAAGCUAUACACAUAUACUUAAACACACUUUAACGUUGUGAUCAUUUCAAGAAUUAGUUCUUAAGGACACAGACAACUUCCGCAAUGUCAAGUCAAGUAAAGUCAAGUCUCCGAAACUGAAUUACCAGAAACACCUAGCUUAAGGACGACAUACGAGUAAGAGCAGUUUAAUAAAUAGCCGUAAGUGUUUGGAAGAGCGAAGGCGGUAAAAUCAAAUAGUUACAAUCAUGCCAUCAGUACGCCAGGUUAGCACUCAACACUGUCCGCUUCGAAGUAGUACAUUCUCUAAAACCAUAUGUAACUAUAGGUGACUGCAUCCGGGGCUCUUCAUGGGGCUCGUUGUUUCGUUGAAGUUGAAAAAGAAUCAAAGCAAUAGAGUUCACAAACACAGCAAAUGAUUGUCGUUAUACCAAAUUGAAACCCAGAUAGUUAUUCAUUUUCGUCGUGAAGGAGCCGUGAUCAAGAAGCCUUAAGAACCAGAGCAAAUAUUUCAUACCUUAGACUAAACUAAGAUUACAACUUGAUUGAAGCGCACAAAAGACGACGAUUGUGUUAUUACGAUGUACUCGACAUAGUUAGGCCGUAGGUUAGAGGUUUUGGGUUCUGUGUCGCAGAGCACUGAUACCACACUCACCUGGCCGAUGUGUAAGUCAGGAUCUACUGCCCCAUCCGCCGGGCAUCGCCAUGUUAAUUGUAUUCUGCGCUGACCCACGAAACACAUACAUACCAUACCGAUCUCUUUCUUUACCUCAACAAAAGAACUCAAACUACUCAAAAGAAAAGCAAUCAAGGCUGACUUUGUACAUAGAGAUUUCAAAGGAAGAACUUUGCGAAAAGCUAUGGAACCGACUUUUACAGCAAUAUAAGUAAGCUCUAACUGAUAUUCAAGGUAAACAACUGGGCGCACUGCCACCCACUGGUUCCACUCCCAGUUGAGUGUUCGGCUAGGCUCUAUAAAUAGAUAAGAUACCAAAUAAAUUCGAAACAAUUUUUUGAACUUAUUUCAAGUUAGCCAAGGCAAGAUCGAUAAUAAUACAAGAAGUAAACCAUUAUUGUUAUACGUAAUGUUAAUUAAAUACAUAUUUGGCGGCUUUGAUAAAGGACAUAUACCCCUAAAACAUUAACGGUAAUAGCAGCCUGCAUUGCUUACUUGUUCAACUAUCCAACCCGGGAUUUUCAACACUCUGAUCCCAACUUGGGAAAUGUGUUCAUAAAGUGUCACUUUCCAAACUGAAACACCCGCAAGUAAGCAACUGAAAGGCUCUGUAAUAGACAUACUUAUGGAACAUGCCUAUAUAUACACAUGCAUAUAUAAAUGUAACGAUAAUCUUACGAGUUUGGUUCAGGUUUUCGUCUUUGAUUUUCAACAUUUACGGAUUCGUCAAAAUGGCUGUUAAUUUUUGGAAAAUAAAAAGAUAACGCAAACAGUUAAAGGGAGUUAAACCAAAUAGAACAAACGCAACAAGGAAAAUUGUUGAGUUAUUUACAUUUAAGCAACGCGUUGCCUGCGACAGUUUGAGGGGAAAUAGGUGUAGCCAAAUAACAAUUAAACUCUAAAACUCAAAUAUGUAUAAACGAAUCAAAUGCUUCAGCCGCUUGUUGUUUGUUCAAACCAUUCAAACGUAAUUAAUUUUAAGCAAAGCCGCUACGUUUAGAUAAGUAUUACCGAGUGCAUAAGGCACUCAUGAUCUCUGUUAUUUUUUUUAUAAUAAAAGGCAGGUCGCCCAUGCAAAGUAGACGCAAAUUGUUAAUUGGACAGGAGCUAGCCACAGAGUAGCAGAAGCAACGCACCGAAAAUAAAUGUUAAGCAAUUGAAUAUAAAGUGUCGGCCGGAAGCGGAAGCAAACAAAUAUCCGUGGCCAGCCCGUUAGCAAAGUAGAGAACGUUUUUGGAAAAUGCGCACAGUCGCAAAAAAAACAAAAUAAAGUGAUAUAUAAAAGUAAA